AUGGGGGCGGCGCAACCAGCAACAGAGCCUGCGGUUCUGACGCCGGACGACCGCUUCGCGCCGGGCGAGGUGUCUGUGAUGAUCGAGAAGCCCUCCUUCAGCAGCCGGCGCCUCAUCGCGGCGACCUCCAUCAUGGCUCCGCCGGAGCGCGUGUGGGAGGCCCUCACCGAUUACGACGGUCUCGGAAACUUCAUCCCGAGCCUGGUGGAGAACCGGUGCAUCGAGCGGCGGGAGCGCGGCGCGCUGCUGUACCAGGUCGGCGCACAGGACGUGGCGCUGGGCGUCAAGUUCCGCGCCGCCUGCACGCUGGAGAUCCAGGAGCACCCCCAGGGCCUGUCGCCCAUGAUGUGCAUGGAGGAGGACUCGGCGGUCAGCAGUAUCGACGAGGGCGACGCGGCGGCGCUGUACCCGUGGCCGACGCAGAGCCUGCCGGGGAAGCCCAUCCAUGGGGACAUCACCUUCAACCUGCUUGAGGGGGACUUUGAGGUGCGGCGGUGCAUCAGCAAUGAGUAG